AAUAAAAGUGAUAUUAAGAUUCACAAGGUUGUUAAAGUUUCUGCAAGCCAGAGGAAGCAUCAUGAAGGCCCGCCUCUGCCGGCUACACAUGUUGGGUGCUGCACUGCUCUUGUGCUUCUGUUCACAACCCAUUCAACACACUCAAUGGCUGACAUUGACCAAAGAGCUGGAGAGUACAAGAUGGUUGAACAUCCCAAAAUACCUCCCAGACCCGCUAACCAGAAAGGGUGUCCUGGGAAGGGCAAGGGCCCCCAUGCCAGAGGUGCUCCUCAAAGGCGACCACCUCGACCUAUGAGGACCGUCUGGAUUGUUCUUGGAGUGACUGUUGGCCUCCUGAUUGCAGCUGGUGCCGUUUAUGGGAUUUUACAUUUUUUUGUAUUUACCAAUGAUCCAGUUGUUGGAUCAGAUCCUGGAGACACAAACUCCCUGUAUACAAAGGCACCAUUGAAAACACAAGGGACCACACCAGGCUCAUGUAACUCCUGCCAUGAAGGAUGGCACAGAUUUGAGAAGAGAUGCUACCAUGUCAACAACUUAGAUGCAAAUUCCUGGACUAAGAGUUCAGAAUUAUGCGCAUCUAAGAAGGCUCAUCUUGCAAUAGUUGGAAAAACAGAGGAGCUGGACUUCAUUCGUCAAUUGAUGGAAGAACAAACACUUUACUGGAUGGGCCUGACUGGUGAAAACCAAGAGAACAACUGGCUGUGGGUGAAUAAGCAGGCCUUAGAUGAUUCCCUGUUUAACUUUGAAAAGAAAGAGGGAAAAUUUUGCCUGUCUCUGACAAAGACAUCAGCACAAAUGUCCAAAUGCGAAAAUAAAUUCAUGUGGAUUUGUCAGAGACCCUGCCAUGCUUCAUGAGCUGCACAAGUUAAGCUACUCUGAAAAGAAGAAAAUUUAUGCAUCAAAGCGACUUGUUGAUGCCACCCCUGUAGCCUCAGCAACCAUCAGGUAUACAGCUGGCCUCCAAAUCUGACAUCCCGUCCUCUUAUUUGUGACCUAUUAUAGUAAUGGACAUUGGUAAAUAUUAUAAAUAUUAGAAAAUGAAAAAGGAAAAACGUUUUUGGAAUGUAAAUUGACUUAAAAUAAAUUGAAGUUUUUAUAAAAUUAUUAUUUUUAUCUGUUAA